AUGGAAGUGGUUCGAAGUAAAGGACAAUGUAUGUACUUGCUUCAAUCGAUAGAAAAUGGGGCGAGAAUCGACGGCAGAAAUCUCACCGAGCACCGUCCAAUUUUAAUGGAACAUGGGAUUUUGCGUACCGCAGAAGGCUCAUCAAGGGUGCUUCUUGGGCGAACCGAAUUAUUUGUGGCUGUCAAUAGUGAGAUAGUUGAGGUCGAUGACUCAAACGCAGAAGAAAAAAUAUUGAACUUUACGGUGAAAGUUGCACCUCAAGGGCCGAAUUCGCAACUAUUUGAGCAAGACGACAGAGAUUUGGUUGAUGAUUUUGAUCGGGAAGCCUUCUUCCAAAUUGGUCGAGAAACAUUCAAAGAAGAAAUCGAGACAUCGAUGACAAGCAUGGAAGUUUUGUCGAAAAUUCGCCAAAAAAUUAACAAAGAUAUCGCUGAGGAAAGCGAGCAUAGCGUAACCGGCGAGAUCGAAAGAACGCUAGACAAAAUUUUCAAUCGAUUGUCAGAUUUGAAUUUCAGCAAUUUGGUAAUUUCAAGAAAUCACAUGUGGAAUAUUGAAGUCGAAAUUAUGGUGGUCAAAUAUGCUGGGAAUCUACUUGAAGCUGCAUAUCUUGGGGCGAAGGCUGCUUUAAACGAUUUUCGUUGUAUUCAGCCACCUGUAACACACGACGCUGAAAGUGAUAAAGACGUUAUUAGCGCAAUUGACGAAGAUGGUCUUGCGCAGAUUGGGAGUUGGCGUUUUGACAUUGAAAAAGUUCCACUUUUCGGUGUCAGCUACAAAAUCGGAGAUAAUGCUGUGCUAGAUAUCAACGAGUACGAGGGUAUGCUCAGGCCGCUAACUUUUUGGGUGGUAAUCGAAAAACCUGGCUCUCAACGCGUUAUCGAUGAUGACUGUGACGUUUUGUGUUCACAGCAAUCAGGAGUAGGCGGGGUACGAACAGAUGUCCACAGGGAAAUGGUUACCAAUGCGAUACGAUCAGCGAGACAAUUGGAUGCAACGUUAGUGUCUUAUUUGCAAAGAUGGACUACCGAAGAAACUGACCCUUAUCGCAUCUCGCAUCUCUGCUUUAAUAAUGUGUUUUCCGGCAAUAAGCAACAUAUUGUUAGCAAUUUGUUCCAGGCGGAUGAAUCAUCAAAGAGACAUGGUGGAGAACUGGUGGCCGAUGUGUUAUUUGCUCAUAACGUGAAAGAGAUCUUUGUUUUGUGCGGUGGUCACAUUUCUCCGAUUCUCGUCGCUGCUGAAAAGCUUGGAAUUAAAAUUAUUGAUACUCGCCACGAGGUGAAUGCCGUGUUUGCUGCAGAUGCUGUUGCACGAUUGAGACAAACGAUCGGUGUGGCUGCUGUUACUGCUGGGCCGGGAUUAACUAACACUAUAACAGCAGUCAAAAAUGCGCAGAUGGCGGAGUCACCACUGCUUCUCAUCGGAGGCGCUUCGCCUACACUUCUAAAAGGCCGUGGAGCGUUGCAGGACAUCGAUCAAAUGGCAUUAUUUCGACCACUGUGUAAGUAUACUGCACGUGUAACUCGACUUCGUGAUAUCAUCCCAACUGUUCGUGAGGCUAUCCGUGCCGCAUCUUCAGGCUGUCCGGGACCAGUGUUUGUCGAGUUUCCAGUGGAUGUUCUUUACCCAUACGAGCUCGUGAUGCGAGAAGUCGGCCUUAAUCCUAACGCCAAAGGUUUCGUUCAACAAGCGCUUAAUCACUAUUUACGAAUUCAUGUCAGUCGUCAAUUUGGAGCUGCCUGGAUUCCACAAGAACUAACUCCUUUACCGACUAAUAUUGCAAAGCCAAGCAGUGAACAGAUUGAUAGCAUUGCCAGCCUAAUUCGAACUGCCAAACGUCCGGUGAUGCUGAUAGGAAGCCAAGCUACACUUCCACCUAUCAAACCCACGGAUUUGGUGAAAGCUGUCGAGAAUUUGGGAAUUCCGGUGUUUCUUGGUGGAAUGACAAGAGGAUUGCUUGGAAAGAACAAUGAAUUGCAAAUGCGUCAAUGCCGCAAAGAUGCUCUAAAAGAAGCCGAUUUGACGAUUUUAGCCGGCACUGUUUGCGAUUUUCGCCUUUCCUACGGUAGAGUGUUAUCGAAAAAGUCAAAGAUUGUAGUGAUCAAUCGAAACCGUGACCAACUAACAAAGAAUGAAAAAGCCUUCUGGAAUGCCGAUGUUUCUGUACAAGCGGACGUUGCAUCAACUCUCGUCUCUGUAGCAAACGCAUUGAAAAAUCAAAUUUCGCGACAAAAAGACUGGAUUGCCUCAUUACGAAAACUAGAUAACACUAAAGAAGAGGCUAAUGACAAAAAGGCUAUUGAAAAACCAAAAAAUGGAGGAAUUAACCCGCUUAGUUUCCUCAAAGCAUUUGAUAAGGUAUUGCCCGAUGAUGCGAUUCUUGUUGCUGAUGGUGGCGAUUUUGUGGGAUCGGCAGCCUAUGUUGUUCGUCCACGAGGUCCUUUGCAAUGGCUUGAUCCCGGCGCUUUCGGAACACUUGGCGUUGGAGGAGGAUUUGCUCUUGGAGCCAAGACUGUUUAUCCCAACAAACCGGUCUACAUUAUUUGGGGUGAUGGCUCUUGUGGUUACUCUCUUAUGGAAUAUGACACUUUCGCUAGGUUCAAAUUGGGAGUCGUGUCUGUUAUUGGGAAUGAUGCUUGCUGGAGUCAAAUCGCACGAGAACAAGUCCCAAUGUUUGGUACUGCAGUGUCGACUCAAUUGGCGCCCACUCCGUAUGAGAAAGUUGCUGAAGCAUUAGGAGGUUGGGGUGCAGCUAUCACGGACAAAAAUGAAGAUGAGACCGAAGAAAUCCUUGGAUCAGCAGCCGCUAAAUCAAAACAAGGAGUUCCAGCCUUGGUCAAUGUCCACAUUGGAAAGUCCGAUUUUCGUGAAGGAUCAAUUUCUGUU